AUGUCAAUGAUCGAUUCAAAGGAAAAGACCGACUCCAACGAUGAUUCAACGCAGCCGGUGCUUGUCAUGGACCUGAUUAGAUCGAUCUUGGACCGCUUGAGCUUUGCUGAUUUUUGUCGAGCUAGAUGCAUUUCUUCAGAUUGGUAUUCGGCUUCAAAAUCAUCCAUCCGAGGAAUAACAAACCCAUGGCUCAUCUUCUUUCCGAAGGUAUAUGGCGAAAUCAAGAACGAUACAUGUAAGUUCUUCAAUCCUCGUGACAAUAAUUUCUACACAGUUAGAGAUCAAAGAUUUGAUUUCGCUUGGAGUUAUUAUUUUGCGAGUUCCGGUAGCUGGUUCCUCAUGUAUCAAAACAGAAUUCUUCAUCUUUUGAACGUGUUUACUCGAGAGAGGAUUCCACUUCCUUCUCUCGAAUCACUCGAUGGAAGUGAGGUGAUAGUAAUGAGAAAGAAUAGUUUUGUUAUCUAUGCGACUCUCGAUUACAAAGGCAAAGAUCGUCGAAAUAAUGGCGAUUUUUUGGCGUAUCACAAGAGCGGAGAUAAUAAUAACAAUGAAAGCUGGAAAGUGCUUCAACAUUUAAAGAAGAACGAAGGCUGCGUCGAUAUGGUGUUUAAUGAAAGCAAGCUUUACGUGCUUAGGGUAACUCGAAGAGUCACUGUUUUUGAUUUCUCCGGUGGUGAUUCUCCAAUGGAAUGUGCAAGUUACCCAUCUCCAAUGGAAUGUGCAAGUUUCAAAUCUCGAGAUGAUGAUGUUCGUUUCAGCAACAAUCUUGCUGUGACUUUGUCUGGAGAAGUUUUGAUCAUUUCAGGGAGAGUGGAAUAUCCCUGGAUAAAUUUUCAACAUUUCAGGCGGAGUGGAACCACUUCAGGGAGAUACUUCUUCAACAUGUACAAGUUGGAUCCUAAAUCAUCAGAAUGGAGAAUAAUCGAGUCUCUAGGGGAAGAAGCAUUGCUUUUGGAUCAAGGAAUAACUGUUGCAGCCCAAGGUGGAGUUGUGAAAAACUGCAUAUAUUUCAGUAAUGGUAAGCUUCAUGGAUACGAUGGAUACAAGGAUGCUAACGGUAUUUGCAAUUGCGUCUACAAUAUUAAAACCAAGAAGAUGUUCAAGGUAUUUGAACAUCUUACUGCUUCCGAUGCUCGUUGGUUUUUCCCCACUUUUGGUGGAGAAUAA